AUGAACAUCCAUCCGGCCGCCACCCUCGGCAAGGCAUCCUCCUGUACCACGCCACCAGCGUCGUCCUCGGCGAUUGUCGGUGAUAACGUCUCCGUCCACAGUCCUUCGCACUUUCACAGAGUGCUCCUUCUGGGCGACCUCGUCCUCGUGACCGGAAAGUACUAUAAGAUGACAUUUAUUGUCACAGAGGACGAGAAUUCUGAUGGCUGCUGUUCACGACCUGCAAGUUCCCAGCUGCAUAAGCUUAAAAGGGACAAAUAUAUGCCACAAUGUAGAUCGAAUAACAACAUUUUUUUCCUACCGAAGGAUAUCAGCUCUGUGUCUGAAAGGAAGAAGAGGAAGGCCACUGCCUCAGAUUCUGCAUUGGCUAAGAAACAGUGCAAGACCUCCUCAACGGUGGCCGUUCACAGUGGCGAACACCUGUUCAGGGUCACCGGACACUCGCAGAUCACAGGAGACAACGCCUUCGUCACGUCGGAUACCUUCCGCGUCGGCGGCCACGACUGGGCUAUCCGCUAUUACCCAAACGGCGACACAAGGGUCGUCGACGGGCAGUUCGCGUCAGUGUUUCUACGGUUGUCGAGCGCCUGUGAAAGCGAGAUCACGUUGUCCUACUCCUUUUGCCUCCAGGACCCCGCAACGCCAGGGACAGGAGACAAGUACAAAUGCAGCUUUACCAAAGUAGUACCGCCAACAAUGCCCGAGCACCUCAACAAGGGUUGCGGUAAUUUCAGGUUUGUGAGUAGAGCCGACUUGGCAGCUUCGGGCUGCCUCAAAGAUGACUGCCUAGUGAUCAAGUGCACCGUUAAUGUCACCAAACUCGUCGACGACGCCAAGGACGACGAUCUUGGUACCAUCAUCGUGCCGCCCUCCAACUUGAGCAAAGAUCUACACAGUAUGUUAGGGAGCGGACUCAAGGAAGACCUCACUGUCGAUGUCGGAGGUUUUACAAGUUUCAAGGCACACGCAUGUGUGCUUCGUGCGCGCUCGCCAGUGUUCCGCGCGCAACUCUGUAAUCCCGCGUCCGCGAUGCAAAGCACCAUUCGCAUCGAGGAUGUGGACGCUCACGUUUUCGAGGCUCUCCUGCACUACAUGUACAACGACCGCCUGCCCACGUCUAUGGAGGAGGCCACCCAAGAGGCUACGAAAAUGGCGCGACAAUUGCUCGAAGUGGCUCAUCGAUACGAGGUAGAAAGGCUCAAGCUUCUCUGCGAGAGCAAGCUCAGCAAGGCGCUAGAUGUCAGUCUCGUGGGCUUCGCUUUGGAUGUCGCAGAGCAAUACCAUUGUCAGCAGCUCAAGGAUUGUUGUCUCAAGUACAUGGCAGCUGACCGCGAGAGGCUGCAAGCCAUAAUUGGAACCCAGGGGUUCCUGCAACUCAACACAAACCACCCUCGUGUCGUGUCUGAUAUCCUCGCUCAAGUUGUUGCACAACGGCUUGGUGACGGGAAAUAG